GUUCGCUGAGAAAAAAUGGCUGCAACGGAGGACGCGAGAAUAUCUACGGUUUUUAGUCAAAUAGAGUACUUCUUAUCAAUUAUUAACACUACAUACAUUCUUGCCUUCGUAGCUGCCGUAGUACUGACAAUAUGCAUUAUAUUCUACUUUACUUGUCGGAAAAUCCAAGCAAAAGGAUUUUCAGGCAUUCCCAGUUUAAGGGGCCCCAAAUACAGAUUUAGAAAGAGAGACAGAUUCAUGUUUUAUGGAAAAAAGAUCAUGCGAAAGGUGAAUUCUUUUACUGCCAAAAACCUAAAGAUGGAAAAGAAAGGACUGAAGAAAAGGCAGAUUGUGAUGAAGUUAGCUAAACAGUUUUUACAAAGGCAUGAGAAAAGCAAACCUCAGCUGAAAAAUACAGAGCCACCUCAGUCAUUCUUGGAGGCAGAUUUAGAGGAUCAACAAAGUGAUCUCCUUUUGCCCCCAGAAGUACUCUUCAUGCUCAAGAGUGUCAGGGUGUUUGGUCAUUUUGAACGCCCCAUCUUCCUGGAACUAUGCAAGCAUAUGGAAUGUAAAUUUGUAGCAUCUGGAAACUUACUGUUCAAGAUUGGAGAGAGUGAUGACAGCAUUUAUGUUGUGCAGAAUGGAAAGAUAAGGGUAUUCAUCACAGAACAGGAUGGUACAGAACACACAAUUAAAGAUGUGGAAACAGGCGAGAGCAUCCACAGUUUGCUCAGUAUUCUUGAUGUACUCACGGGGCAUCCAGCUCCUUACAAAACUGUGUGUGCCAAAGCUGCCGUAGAUUCAACAGUACUCAAAUUGCCAGCAAAUGCCUUCAAUUCCAUCUUUGAGAGAUUCCCAGAGUCCAUUAUCAGGAUUGUACAGGUUAUUAUGGUUAGGAUGCAGAGAGUUACAUUCAUGGCACUCCACAACUACCUUGGACUCAGCCACGAACUGAUCAAUCCUAUGUUCAGCCAGAAGUGGCCUCCUCGGGUAUGGAAACUGCAUUCAUUUAAUGUUAUGAUAUUUCAGGGGCUUGGUUUUUGGAAGGAAAUUUUUAUCAGUGUUUUUGAUGAACAUGCUGUUUUUAUCUUAGUGGUGAAGGGUAGAAUGUUUUAUCCAUGUCCUUCUGCCAUAUCAAAGGAAUUGAUCCAAAUUUGCAUUAUUAUAUCACAGAGGCAUACGCAUGAAGACUCCAGACGCAUGAGUGUGCGUCAUCUGAGCGGCAACGCUUCACCUCCUCGUAGCCCCCGCAGGCAUUCUGUUAGCAUUAUGCAGAACAGAGAUGAGCUUGAGAAUAGAAACUUAUCAGAUUCCAAGUUUUCUGUGCUGUCAAUUCAGUCUCCCAGGGGUAGUCCUAGCAAAUAUACACGAAGUAGUAGUCAAAUUGAAACUGAGGAGAAAGUCCAGAAAAUAACUUUUUAUGAUGGCAAAGAUCAGUGGAGUGAUUUGAAGAAAGCAGAAUCUUUAGAGACAGAUUUACGUCAGCACUCAGAUUUUGACGCUGCCUGUUCUAAGGCUGGAGUUAAACCCCCUGUGAAACAGGUCUCAGAUGAGGCAUUGGGUAGCUCAAAGCAGAGAACUGUCAAGAAAACGGUGAACAUUCAGGAGGAGGCCAACAUCACCACCAACUCCCAGGAGCUGACAGAGGAGUACAUCAUCAGCUGUGCCAUGCAGGACUUGGCCAGUGAUAAACUCUUUGGGCUGGAGGAUAAGUCUCUGUUGGAAGGCAAGCUGAUACUAAGGUACCAUGAAGCUGGGACAGUGUUAGUGAAACAAGGAGACCAGGAUGCCACAUUGAUGUUUGUUGUAACAGGAUCUUUGCAAGUUAUUCAACAGGUGGUUGGCAAGGAAACAGAAGAGACAUCUCUGUUCAUUGCCCACCCAGGGGAAGUGGUGGGAACAUUGGCAGUGCUGACUGGAGAACCCUCCUUCUUCACCAUCAGAGCCAGGACAGACUCCAGGGUGGUCUACAUAGACAAGAAUGAGUUCUAUGGCAUCAUGCGCGAACACCCAAAGAUAGUACUAAAUGUGGCUCACACGUUUGUGCGUCGCAUGUCUCCAUUUGUGCGACAAAUUGACUUUGCUUUGGACUGGGAGCAGAUUGAGGCAGGCAGAGCGCUCUAUAAGCAAAAUGAUCCAUCUGAAUCUCUCUACAUCAUACUAAAUGGUCGUCUGCGUCAGGUUCUGACAACCUUGAGUGGUAAACGAGAACUGGUGGGUGAAUACGGGAGAGGAGAGCUGAUAGGGAUAGUGGAAGUUCUCACACAGACUGAGAGGGCUACAACCAGUAUUGCUGUAAGAGACACAGAGUUAGCCAAAAUUCCUGCCGAAUUGCUCAACUUAAUCAAGAGGAAAUAUCCUCAGAUUGUCACUCGCCUUAUUCACCUCCUGGGGCAGAGGAUUCUGGGAAGUUUAGAGCACAAAGAGACAGCCAUGACACUUUCUGAGCAUCCCAAUGUAGACCAGAGGCCAAUAGGUGCCAACCUGAACACAGUGGCAGUACUGCCUGUCACUGAUGAUGUUCCACUUGAGACAUUCACUAUAGAACUACAACAUGCCCUUGGUGCAAUAGGGCCCACUUUACGUCUGACCAGUGAUGUUAUUGUUCAAAGACUGGGUGCUGGGGCUUUAGACAGUGUGAGUGAGUACCGCCUGUCCAGCUGGCUGGGGCAGCAGGAGGACUUACAUAGGAUGGUGUUAUAUCAGUGUGAUAAGACACUGACCCCCUGGACACAGAGGUGCAUACGCCAGGCUGACUGCAUAUUUAUUGUCACACUGGCUGAAAGUGAACCCACUGUGGGGAAGCUUGAGAAACAACUAGAAAACAUGUCUGUGAGGGCUCAGAGGGAGAUGAUCUUGUUGUACAGUGAGGACAGCGGGAAGCCUCAGCGUACAGCCGAGUGGUUGAACCCCAGGGGCUGGUGUAGCUCUGUAUUCCACGUCAGGUGUCCAGGCAGAGUAUUCACUUACAGCAGGAAAACACCUGAGCAGAUUAUGCAAAAAUAUGACAAGAUCUUCCAAACAGAACCUGAUCGACAUUCAGACUUCUCCCGUCUCGCCCGCUUCCUGACCGGGACCUCCAUAGGCUUGGUACUGGGGGGUGGAGGGGCGAGGGGAUGUGCUCAUAUAGGAAUGAUCAAGUCAAUAGUAGAAGCAGGGAUCCCUAUAGAUAUUGUAGGUGGCACCAGCAUUGGGGCGUUCAUAGGGGCCAUCUGGUGUGAUGAAAGGAACAUUACCAGGCUAAAACAAAGGGCCAGGGAGUGGGCCAUGGAAAUGAAUUGUUUGUGGAAGAAGAUUUUUGACCUCACCUACCCAGUGACCUCCUUCUUCACAGGUGGAUCAUUCAACAACAGUUUGGAAGAAGUCUUCCGAGACACUCAGAUAGAAGACCUUUGGCUUCCUUACUUCUGUAUUACUACUGAUAUUACCUCCUCUAAGAUGAGGGUACAUACCUCAGGCUCCCUGUGGAGAUACAUCAGGGCCAGCAUGUCACUGGCUGGCUACUUCCCUCCUCUCUGUGAUCCCCAAGACGGACAUCUUAUUUUAGAUGGAGGCUAUUGCAACAACUUACCAGCUGACGUCAUGAAAACCAUGGGUGCUCAAACAAUAUUUGCCAUAGAUGUAGGCAGCCAGGAUGAGACGAACCUCACCAACUAUGGCGACAAGUUGUCUGGAUGGUGGUUGCUAUGGAAACGCUGGAAUCCAUGGGCAGAGCCUGUCAAAGUGCCAAACAUGAGUGACGUCCAGUCCCGCCUUGCCUAUGUGUCAUGUGUGCGUCAGAUGGAGAUGGUGACAAACAGUGGAAUGUGCGAGUACCUGAGGCCACCCAUUGACAAGUAUGGCACACUGCAGUUUGGAAGCUUUGAUGAGAUUUAUGAUGUGGGUUACAACCAUGGUAAGGUGUUCUUCUCUGCAAUGGCCAAGGGAGAUGCUAUCAACGAACUUUUCAAAGAGAAAUCUAAAGAUAGAGUAAAACCCAAAAUACAUCAGUGUUUUACUCCUCUCAAUGCAACCUUCACUGACCUAGCAGAGCUUGUGUCUAGGAUUGAAGAACCACCAAAAUUUUACACUCCCAGUGAUGAAACGGAUUCGGAAGACAUGGAUGAGGAUGGUGAUGACAUAAUAGAGGUUGUGGAAGAGGGAGAAGAGGAG